AAUGUGCUAUGCUGACUCGACAAGAUACUUGGGUGUCUCCAAUUAGAAACUAAAAAGCCACCGUGAAAAAAGCCAUUAGCACCUCUCUCUGCCCAUCUCUAGUUCUAGCUCUAUUCUCUCUCUAUUGCUGUUCAUAAUGGGACUUGAAGCUACUGUCAUAUGUGUUGACAACAGUGAGUGGAUGCGUAAUGGUGACUUCAUUCCCACAAGACUCCAGGCACAACAAGACGCUGUCAAUGCAGUUUGUCACAUGAAGACCAGACAGAAUCAGGAGAACAGUGUUGGACUACUCUCACUAGCAGAUACCCAGUUGCGUGUGACCCUCACCAAUGACAACAAUAAGAUUUUCAAGGCUCUGCAGGCUGUCGAGCCAGCUGGCAGAAUAAAUUUUGUCACUGGAGUCAGAAUCGCUCAUCUUUCCCUAAAGCACCGACAGAACAAGAACCAGAAAAUGAGGAUCAUUGUGUUUGUGGGCAGUCCAGUCGGUUCCGAAGAGAAAGAGCUUGUACGAUUGGCCAAGAGGCUGAAGAAGGAGAAGGUCAGUGUGGACAUCAUCAACUUCGGAGAAGAGGACGUGAACAAUAACAAACUGUCCACCUUCAUUAACACUAUCAAUGGGAAGGAGAAGACAUGUCACCUUGUAACUGCUCUGCCAGGCCCCCUGCUGUCCGAGGUCCUCCUCUCCUCCCCUAUCCUAGCCGGGGAGGACGGUGCUCCCCUCGCUCCCAUGGGACAGGGGUUCGAGUUUGGCAUUGACCCCUCAGAGGACCCUGAGCUAGCUAUGGCUCUGAGGGUGUCAAUGGAAGAACAGCGACACAGACAAGAAGAAGAUGCCAGGAAAGUGCAAGUAGACUCAAUUCAGGGGAUGGAAACGGACGCUGGAGUGAUAUCAGGUGGAGAGAUCAGUGGAGGAGUGCUGGCACAAGCUGAGGAGACAGACUUACCGUACAAUCCAGAUAUGCAGUUGAACCAAGGAGUCUCUAAUGUGUCUACAAUGACAGAGGAGGACCAAAUGGCACUGGCUCUACAGAUGUCCAUGGCUGUGAUGGACGAUGACCAGCAAGCUAUGGACACUGAGGAACAGGCGGAUGACCCUGACGAUGAGGACUUGAUGCAAAAUCCUGAGUUUCUCCACUCUGUGCUCAGCUCUCUGCCGGGGGUCAACCCCGAGGAGGCACUCCACAACCUAGAGCAGAUGACUGACCAGGGGGACAAGAGCAAGGAUAAAAAAGAUGACAAGAAGUGAUGAAUGAACCAUUGUACAUAAUCUGAACUGAUACAGUACUAGAAUCAUUAUGCUAAAAUAUCUAUUGGCAUUUAUCUAUGCUUGUUAUUAUAAACAUCAAAAAUUGUAA